CCUCCAGGCUGCGGAACGCCGUCUGCAUCUCCUCGUUCAGCUGGAUGUAGUCAGCUUUGAUCUUGGCUUCUCCAUCCUUGGCCGGAUCCUUAGAAGAUUUACAAUGAAGAUGACCUAUGAAGACUACCCGGAGGAGUUCAACAACAACCAUGACCCCGAUGACCACAGCAUGCUCCACGGCAUCUUUCUACCUAUUGCAUAUUCCAUAACUUGUGUUCUUGGGCUUAUCGGAAAUGUGCUCAUUAUAAUCGUAUUUGUGUUUUAUGAAAAGAUAAAGACCCUCACGGACACAUUUUUGGUCAAUUUGGCCGUUGCUGACAUUCUGUUUCUGACCACUCUCCCGUUCCUGGCGUAUGAAUCGGCACAUAGCUGGGUUUUUGGCAACUUCCUGUGUAAGAUGAUAAGGAGCACAUACAGAGUCAAUCUCUAUACGUCCAUGCUGACUCUCACCUCCAUAACUUUUGACAGAUUCAUUUCAAUCACUAAAGUUUCCAAAGCCAAUAAAUACCAAGUGACCAAGCAGAAUUGGAGGUGUGUGGUGUGCGCUUCCCUCUGGGUGCUGGCUCUGGGCCUUGCCAUUCCCCAGUUCAUAUACAAUCGCGUUUCUGAGGACCACCAUUGCUAUGAGAUCUUUGACCCUCCCAUAAUGGAGCUUGUGCUGGUUUCUAUUCAGAUGGCUGUAGGUUUUAUAUUACCCUUGACCUCCAUGAUCUUUUGUUACAGUUUUAUUCUAAGAACUUUGGUUAAUGCCCGAGGUGUCCAGAAGAAGAAGUCAAUGAAGAUAAUAUUGGCCAUAGUGGUUGUGUUUAUAGCCACACAGCUGCCUCAUAAUGCUCUUGUCCUGGCACUUGCCUUAAAAAAAGAUUUCCAUUCAAAUACAUUCUUUGUUAGAGUGAGCAUAAUCAUGGAGGCUGUCGCUUACGUUCACGCUUGUCUCAACCCAGUCCUGUAUUUCUUUGUUGGUACAAAAUUUAGAAAGCAUUUCUGGAAAAUCUUGAGAGGUUUCGGUCUGAACAGAACAUUGGAGGAAACGACUGAUCAUCUGCGGGGAACCGAUGGAGACUCCAAGAAUGUUUCUGCAUCAACAAACCUCUUUGUCACAAGUGUGUAGAGGGUUUCUCCUGAGCACAGAGACAUCAGCGUGGAUCUGAAGAAGAGAGCGGUGACUGGAUUGUGUCUGGCUCUGCUCACACUUCACUCCUACUUCUGUUGUCCUGUCAGCCGAUGCUUGAUGGACCUGUUAGACGUCAGAUUGGAGACCUGACACCAGCAUUGUAUGAGCAACGCUUAAUGAUAACUGAGAAAUGGCAUAUGCUUUAAUAAAUAAUUAAGACUGA